CCCAUAGCUCACUCAGCAGCAGUGUUGCUGUCGACCUGCACCGCCACAGAGAUGUCUGGAAUCAUGAGAGCCUUCACGUUUCUUUUAGUCCACUCCAUGUCAACUUUGGCAGACAAACAGGAUCUGUCUGGAAAGAUGUUCACUUUCCCUGUGCAAACUGACAAGGCACACGUGAUAUUGGUGCCCAACCAGAGCAAGACCCUGACGGCAGUGACUGUGUGUCUGCGCUUCUUCUCCGACCAGUCAAGAGCUCAGAGCCUCUUCUCUUUCGCCACCCCCACCAAUCCCAAUGCCCUUCUCCUUUUCAAGCGAGAGAACAGUGUGUAUGAAGUGGACCAGGGUAAUCAGGACACUGUGCUCUUUUGGGGACUGGAAGACAAGCGUAACGAGUGGAACUCUCUCUGUGCUACCUGGAAUUCCGCCACUGGCAUCACUCAGCUUUGGGUCAAUGGGAAAUCCAGCGUGAGGAAAGGACUGCGUCGAGGAGGAGACAUAUCCGGAGUGCCAAGUGUUAUCCUUGGUCAAGAUCAGGACACGUACGGGGGGAAAUUCGACAGGGGACAAUCGUUCACGGGAAUGGUAACGGAUUUGCACAUGUGGGACUCAGUGCUUCCCUAUCCGGAGAUUGCUUUGUACAUGAACCACAUCCCCUUGAAAAAUGAUGGCAAUGUGAUCAGCUGGAAAUCAUUAGAGUACACAGCUAAGGACUAUGUGCUUGUUGAGGACAUGGAGAGCUACCUUUAGAGUGUCUUUAAAGGACGAGUGUGUAAUUGACGUUACUUUCAAAAUGCAUGCUGCCCAUUCACAGACUUGAUCUUUUUCCAUGAAUAUUUACUGGUCUGGCCAGAGUAGGUUUUGCAGCCAAAGUUAAAAUUAUGGAUUUACAUGAAGACGAUCCACCUAUUUACAUACAAUAUUAAACGUGUACAUUUCAGAGCCAUAAUGAAUACUUAAAAAAAAAUGAUGGUGAUAGUGAAUAUUCAUGAAAAAGAUAAUAGUUGAGUGGGCAGCAUAGCCUCUGGGUAUAUACUACCACAUAAAUUACAUACUGGUCCUUUAAGGUGUUAGUAAACAUAAAUAUGACUGCAAAACUAAUCCAUGAUUUAAGGGAUUGAGGCACUGGCCUCAGGUGCGCCUUUGUAUUAUUUCUAUCAAAUACCUGUAGCUGACUUGCAUAGUGCAAGUCAGCUUCAAAUACAGUAUUUGAAGUUGCCUCUUUUUUCUAAAUGCUGUGAAAAUUACAGUUUUUUUCUAUGUUUUCAGUUUUCAUAUCAUAGGAUUUUAAAUAUUGCAUUAGACAAAAGUUUUUUUUAUAUAUAUAUGUAACCUUAACAAUCUACCUGCAUGGUGAUCACUGAAGACCCAAAUAAAACAGCUGAUACGUAAAAUAAACAAUGUCAUCCUACUA